CCAAGAUGGCGGCGGCGGCGGCGGCGCCUGCUCUGAGGCGGAGGCCCCGGCGUUUAUCACAUGGUGGAAAAUAGAAGCCAAGCUUCACAUCAACAAUGCCUGGCAGAGUCUGCUGCUGCUGCGCUGCCUUACGCCCGCGUUACAAGCGCCUGGUAGAUAACAUAUUCCCCGAAGAUCCAAAAGAUGGCCUUGUCAAAGCAGAUAUGGAGAAACUGACCUUCUAUGCCGUCUCUGCUCCUGAGAAGCUUGAUCGGAUCGGUGCCUAUUUAGCAGAGAGGCUAAGCAGAGAUGUUGUCAGACACCGCUGUGGGUAUGUCUUCAUUGCCAUGGAAGCCCUAGACCAGCUGCUCAUGGCUUGCCAUUCCCAAAGCAUCAAGCCGUUUGUGGAGAGCUUCCUCCACAUGGUGGCCAAGCUACUGGAGUCCGGAGAGCCGAGGCUGCAAGUCCUGGGAACCAACUCGUUCGUCAAAUUUGCAAACAUUGAGGAGGACACGCCUUCCUAUCACCGCCGCUAUGACUUCUUUGUGUCUCGCUUCAGUGGCAUGUGCCACUCCUGCCACAGUGACCCGGAAAUACGGAACGAGAUCCGAAUUGCUGGGAUCAGGGGCAUCCAGGGGGUGGUUCGCAAAACCGUAAACGACGAGCUCCGAGCCACCAUAUGGGAGCCUCAGCAUAUGGACAAGAUUGUUCCCUCGCUGCUUUAUAAUAUGCAGAAGAUCGAAGAUGUCGACAGCCGGAUUGGGCCACCCUCCUCUCCAACAGGAGGCGAUAAAGAGGAGAACCCAGCUGUGCUGGCUGAGAAUUGCUUCAGGGAGCUGCUGGGCCGCGCUACCUACGGGAACAUGAAUAAUGCUGUGAGACCAGUCUUUGCACAUUUAGACCAUCAUAGACUGUGGGACCCCAAUGAAUUUGCUGUCCACUGCUUCAAAAUCAUCAUGUACUCCAUACAGGCGCAGUAUUCUCAUCAUGUGAUACAGGAAAUCCUGGGACACCUUGACUGCUGCAAACGAGACUCCCCCCGAGUUCGAGCCGGUAUCAUCCAGGUCCUUUUGGAGGCAGUGGCCAUUGCUGCUAAAGGAUCCAUUGGCCCGACUGUCCUCGAGGUGUUUAACACGCUGCUGAAGCACCUGAGCUUGAGCGUGGAUUUUGAACUGGGCCAAGACUCUGAUGGCAAAGGUAGCCUCAACAGCCGCACGAAGGAGAGCGAUGAAAAGAUCGUCCAGAAUGCCAUCAUUCAAACUAUUGGUUUCUUUGGCAGCAACCUCCCAGAUUACCAGCGCUCCGAAAUAAUGAUGUUCGUUAUGGGGAAAGUCCCUGUGUUUGGGUCAGCAUCUCAGACUGUGGAAACCAGCCAGCUGGGGGAUUUGGGAACGAGGAGGAUUCAGAUCAUGUUGCUGCGGUCUUUGCUUAUGGUCACCUCGGGGUACAAUGCCAAAAGCAUCAUGACUGUUCUCUCAGCCCCGUUCCUGGAUCCCCUGCUGUCCUCUUCGCUCACGGAAGACAGCGAGCUCCGGCAGCUGGUUCUAGAAGUCCUACACAAUCUUAUUGACCGGCACGACAACAGAGCAAAGCUCAGAGGAAUAAGAAUAAUACCUGAUGUGUCUGAUCUGAAGAUAAAGCGUGACAAAAUUUCGCGGCAAGAUGUGAGCUUCAUGAAGAAGCAUGGCCAGCAGCUGUACCGGCACGUUUACAUGGGCUGCAAAGAAGUCGACAACGUGCACAAGAACUUUGAGCUGCUCUACACGUCUCUUGCGCUGAUAACGAUUGAACUUGCCAACGAAGAGGUGGUGACCGACCUCAUCCGCCUGGCCAUUGCCUUGCAGGAUACUGCCAUCCUGAACGAGGACAACCUGCCAAUGUCUCACCGCUGCAGCAUCAUGGCGCUGGUCGCCGCGUACCUCAAUUUCCUGAGUCAGAUGAUCGCAGUGCCUGCCUUCUGCCAGCACAUCAGCAAGGUCAUUGAAACCAGAACUCUGGAAGCACCGUACUUUUUGCCAGAAACCAUAUUCAGAGACAAGUGCAGUCUCCCCAAAGCCUUAGACAAGGACGACAAGAGCUUGUUUUUCCUGACCCACAAGAUUGCGGAAUCCUUGGGUGGCAGCGGAUACAGCGUGGAGAGGCUGUCUGUGCCUUACGUGCCCCAGGUGACAGAUGAAGACCGGCUGUCCCGAAGGAAGAGUAUUGUGGAUACUGUAUCUAUUCAGGUGGACAUGCUCCCUGGCACAGAGGACAAGGUUAACAACACGGAGGAAAUUACCUUUGAGGCACUGAAGAAAGCUAUAGAUAACACUGGUCUUGAAGAGCAAGAGAAGGAGAAGAGGCGCCUGGUGAUUGAAAAGUUCCAGAAAGCUCCCUUUGAAGAGAUUGCAGCCCAGUGUGAAACCAAGGCAAACCUCCUCCACGACCGACUUGCUCAGAUCUUGGAGCUCACCAUUCGCCCUCCUCCCAGCCCCUCUGGGACGCUGACCAUCACGGCUGGACACACCCACUAUCAAUCUGUUCCGGUCUAUGAGAUGAAGUUUCCAGAUCUUUGUGUGUAUUAAAGAGUCUUCUGGCCUCUGCUGGGCAUUAUUUAGCAUCCAGAGCAUGUUGUGUAGAGUUCCAGAUGAACCUUGAGCUCAGCCUUCCCUCUUCCCUCCGUCACAUUUUAAUAGAUCUUUCAGACAUAGCCCUGGACUUGGGGCGGUUGGGCUGGUGCCUACAUCGCAGGUUUCUUACCCUGAUCAUUCUGCUCUUGAAGUUAAAUCUCUCUCUUUGUCAGAGUAUUUCACGCUCUUUCUCUCUCUCUUUGGCGUAAAAAAAAAAAAUGUUUACAAGUGUAAUACGGUCUCUCUUGCCAAAUCGUUUUGUGUUUCGGAGAAUUUUAGACUAGAUGCUACAGGCUCUGUGGCAUCCACACUGUCUCGAUGUCGUAGGAUUAACUGGGAAACUCUUCAGCUUCUUUCAGCACAAGAACCCCAGCACCUUAAGCGAUGCUGGGUGGACACACAUUGCUAGUCGUAAUCCCAUGAUACUAAACCACCUUGCCCCUUCUCCAAUCACAGCAGCAAACCUGAAUGUACCAUGCUUCCUUGUGGUUCUUUGCACAUGUGAUUUCCCACAUCACAAGCCUUGCUGUGGCAAAGAAAUGCCUCUUUCUGUACAAGCACCAAAACCUGAAAUAUUUUUGAUGUCUUAAAUGUGUCUAGUUCACGCCCUGUGCUUUUUGGGGGAAACGUAUUUUUCUGUGUUGCUUUUAGAAUACCUAAACGAAACAAUAGAUACAUAGAUAUAUAUUUGGUAUACAGCGUAAGAGAUUAAGGGCAUUUUCAAAUGGUAAAUAGUUUUUUUU